AUGCAUUUGUUUGUAACAUAUCAUGGAAUUUCUUUUAGUGAGGGGAAGGAUGGGAUCGCAUAUGUUGAUACAGGAAAUUUUAUCAAAAAUACUAUUAAAAUUGAUGAAAUUGAGGAAUUAAUAAUGAAUGAUGACAUCGAAAAAAUUAAAGAGAUUGAACCUAAUAUUUUAGGUAAGAUACAUCUUAAAAAUCGAUUGAACAUUAUUUGCAGAAUCUCUAUUCUUGAAUCAUGCGCUUAUUAUGGAUCAGAAAACUGUUUCUUUUAUCUUCUUUCAAACUGUAAUCAAAAAAUUACAAAGGAAUGUCUUCAAUAUUCAUUUAUUGGACAAAGUGUUGACAUCAUCAAUGAAUGCUUGAAAUAUUUUGAACCAGAUAUAAAAUGCUUGAAAUAUUCAAUCCAAACACAUAAUUUUGAUAAUAUGGAGCAUUGUUUACAAUUUAAAUCAAUAGAUUUAAAUGAAAUAUUUAGUAAUGAUUUAGUAGGAUUUAUCAAUUUGAAAGCUUUGUUUAUUUUAGGUAAUAUUGAUUUCAAACUUGUAACACCAUAUUGUGGCUAUUUUCCAAUCACAUCAGAAUUUUUCGUAAAUAAAGACGUGGAUUUUGCAAAAACAGAUAGUUACCACUUUUCAAUUUUCGAAUAUGCCAUAAUUACAAACAAUCUAAACUUAUGUAAAUAUUUUCUUGAUUCAAAAAUAAGAUCACUUGAUGCAUCGAACAGAAAUUAUUUAGAAAUGGCAUUUCGCUUUUGUUGUAAUGACGUUGCAAAGUAUUUUAUUUCGAAAUUUGAUAUCAAUGAUAGAGACUCCAAAGGAGAAACAUUACUUUUUUAUGCUGCCAAAAUAAAUAAUGUAGAAAUUGCAAAGUAUCUUUUAUCUAAAGGUGCAGAUAUCAAUAUUAAAUCAAAUCAAAACGAAAAUUGCUUACAUAUUGCAUCUGCAAGUGAUAGUAAAGAAAUUAUCGAGUUUUUCAUUAAGCAAAGAAUGGAUAUCAAUUUCAAAAAUCAAAAAGGAAAAACACCACUUCAUAUUGCAUUAGAACAUUCAAGGGAUAAAACAAUAGAGUUUCUAAUUGAAAAUAAUGCAGAUAUCAAUGCAAAAGAUAAUAAAGGAAAAACACCACUUCAUAUUGCAUUAGAACAUUCAAGGGAUAAAACAAUAGAGUUUCUAAUUGAAAUAAUGCAGAUAUCAACGCAAAAGAUAAUAAAGGAAAAACACCCAUUUUCAGCGCUAUUAAGAAAGGCCUUGUUAAAAAAAUUGAAUAUCUCAUUGCUCAUGGAGCAGAUAUCAAUGAAAAAAUGGCGGAUGGAAAAACUGCUUUUCUUUAUUCAAUACAUAAAAAGAAUAUCCAAAUAG